CAACAGAACCUGAAUACAUGAUGAGUAUGAUCAUGGCAUCUUUUCUCUCCGCAGCUCUGCUGUUGCUGGUUCCUGGGAUCCUGACUGAAAAGUCUUCCAUUGAGUUGGUGGUAGUCAACAGCAUCUCAAACACACCCAAUAAGUCCUACAGUACUGAUGUCGCAUUCAGAGGGGUCCUUAUCGGUGCCAUGAGAAGACUGCAGGAGACCACUGCAGGAUUCAAUUUCACCUACACAGAGGACCGCAACUAUGGUCCCUUCCUGGUGAGUGUGAAUGGUGUAGCCGGGAACAAUACUGAAAACCCUUUCUGGGAGCUCCUUGUUCAGACUGGGGGGAAUGGGACCACAAUCAGACCUGAUGUGGGUAUUGGCUGUUACAUCCCUGAACCAAAUGACCGCAUCAUCCUAAAAUUUACUGAGUUCGUCUCCGGCUCGCACUCCGUGAGUGGCAACAGUUCGAAUCCUGGGAACCUCACAGCAGCAAAAACUUCCAGACUAGAUUCCAUUGAGCUUGUGGUAGUCAACAACAUCUCAAACACCACCAACAAGACCUACAGUACUGACAUUGCAUUCAGAGGGGUCCUUAUCGGUGCCAUGAGGAGACUGCAGACCAAUUCAGGAUUCAAUUUCACCUAUACAGAGGACCCCAACUAUGGCCCCUUCCUGGUGAGUGUGAAUGGUGUGGCUGGGAACAAUACUGAGAAGACUUUCUGGGAGCUCCUUGUUCAGACUGGGGGGAAUGGGACCAUAAUCAGACCGGAUGUGGGUAUUGGCUGUUACAUCCCAAAACAAAAUGACCGCAUCAUCCUGAAUUUUACAAAGUUCACCACAAACUCCGCAAGUGGCAGUUGUACAAAUCCUGGUGUGUUGUUGUUUUUGACUAAGAAGAUUGAAGAUGGAAGAUGAGGAUGAAGAAAAUGAAAACACCUCUUUGAAGACUGUUAAACAAAUGUUAAAUGAAGAACUCGGAAUCAAAUAAAUAUAUUUAAUUAGA